CCAGCUUUUUGUUGUAAAAUGGCGCCUUAGGAAAUGUAAGAUAAUAAAGGAAACAUUGUUGAUAACCCAAACAAACCGAGAGGUGGAUUUUUCACUCCUCCUCAUGUAGUUAGUGCGAAAUUUCCCUUGUGAAGAGCCAGGAGAAGCAAAGACAGGUAAAUUAGGUCUUGAGGCUGUUGACUCUGGAGUGAUCAAUAACUCCAUGGAGGCCUCAGUGCCAUAUGAGGAGCUGGAGAAGGGGAAAGAACACAACAUCCCACAACACUGCAUGAAGGAGUUCCUGGAGUCACUAGCUAGUAAAGGGCCUGAGGAGGCUUUGCAGGAGUUCAGCCAGAAGGAUGACGACAGCAGUACUUCUCAACAAGAGACAAACUGCAUCCUGAUGGACAGCACCGAAGUGGCCGGCUCACUCCUGGAGCUGGCCUGUCCAGUCCCGGUGCAUGUGCAGCCAUUGUCUGAGCAACAAGAACAAGUGUCUGUGCAGCCUCAGGUGAUAACGCAGCCCCAGAUCCCAUCGCAGUUUCUUACAGUUGAGCAUCAGUCUAUGGAGUAUCCCACCCAGGUGAAGCUCGAGGAGGAACAAGCCCAGGUUAACCAGUUAUUGUCUCAGCAUCACACAACAGCACACAUUAUUCAGGCAGGAGAUCUCACAGAGGAGCAGCAACAACAGAUCCAGGCUCAGCUGAUGGCAGCGGUUGCUAACGGACAGCAGAUUCAGAUCCAGACGGUCGAUGCCAUGUCUUUGUCCUCACCAUCUUCAUCUCAGCCUCUAAGCUGUUCACAAGUGGACUCCACUGAUCAAACAGUUGUCCUCCAACCAGCCAAGAAAUUCAAAGUGGAGCAACCCAUCACUGUCUCGUACAGCAUUCCUGGUCAGCAGUUAGCCACGGUGCUCACGUUUCCUCAAGGUCAGCAACCGAAUUACCUGUCUCUAAAGCCUGAUUUAGUUACUGUGGACUGUGCUCAGCUGUACAACACUACGGGCACAAUAACCAGCCCUACUGGAGAGACCUGGACCAUCCCUGUGUAUACAGCUCCCACACAACAGACUGGUUUCACCCAUGUUGCCAUACAACAGGAUGCUUAUGGGACCCCUGCGUCCGUCCACAUCACUGCCAAUGAUGAGCACAAUAACAAAACAGUUUCCGGGGGAUCAGUGACUACUCCUGUGUCUUCUGUUUCCAUCCCAACUGGGGGUGGAGCCAGUGGACAGGAAGAAGUAGUGCAAACUGUGACCAACACCCUCUUUUCCACACAGUUAUUAAAUGGGAGCAUUCAUAUUCCAAUCACGGUCACUGGAGCAACGGGGGGGUGUCCGAGUGGCACGCAGACUCUGCAGAUUUGGGAGCCACAGGCUGGACCUCCCAAGCAGUUGCCACAGGAGCACCAGACACAGUGCGUCUCUGACAGCACAGCAUUGCCUGCGUCUUUAAAAUCAGAAAUGGGGCUUAUCAUGUGGAGACGUUGGGCGGAGAAGAAAAACACCGAAAUGGAAAAAGAGCAGAGAAACAGACUGGCUCCGAUCGGCAGACGGAAGCCGCUACGGUUUCAGGAGGACCUGUUGUGCACUUCCAUAGCAGAGCUGAGUUUAGGCUUAUCUCUGAUGACGCAGGAGGCUAAGGGCUUAGAGGGCGAAACCUUAGAAGCCGACAUGCUCUAUUACGUUUUCCUAUGUAUACAAAAGUAUAUGCUUGAUAACGACAGAGUUGAUAACAUAUUCACUGAUCAGUAUUAUCAGCGGUUCCAACAAUCAUUACAUAAGAUGCUAGACUCCUGGAAGCCCAGCGUCCAUCCAUUAGGUUAUGUCAUUUCUAGCCAUGUGACUGAGGAAAUGCUGUGGGAAUGCAAACAACUCGGCGCCCAUUCACCAUCCACACUCCUCAACACUUUAAUGUAUUUCAAUACAAAGCAUUUUAAUUUAAAAACAGUGGAUCAGCACCUGAAGGUGGCCUUCACAAAAGUGUUACGAUACACAAAGAAGAAUCCAUCCAACCCCAAAGACAAGGUCACAAGCAUUCGCUAUCUCAAAGGACUCACACAACACCAGGUUGGCCAGAAAGUGACAGAUGACACGUACAUUGAACAGUUGGAGCAGCCGGAGAACCCUUUACGAUGCCCAAUCAAACUUUAUGACUUCUAUCUCUUAAAAUGUCCUCAAAGUGAUAAAAGUCGGAAUGACGCCUUCUACUUGACCCCUGAGUCGGUGGUUGCCCCUAACAGCCCUAUUUGGUACUCGACGCAGCCUGUUAUGCCUCAGCAGCUCGAAAUCAUGCUCUCGCGCAUCCUCGUCGUGCACGAAAUACAGGAGAUUUUCACCAGCAAAGCCUAAUCUCUGCAGGAGGAGUGUCCUGUAUGUUUUCAUCACUUAUGUAGAAGCAUGAAGGACAAGGAACACACAAUCUCUCUCUCUCUCUCUCGUGUGCAUGCACGCUUGUUCACUUCUAUCGCGUCUACCUCUGCUGCUCUUAAAAUGGCCUAAUUCCUCAAAUUACACUAAAAGAACAACUGAGGGAUACUAAUUGCAGCCUUGUACUACAUCAUUCCUUUGAUUUUCUUUUAGUUAAUUGCUUUAAUCUGUCUCACUGUUAUUUGAUGCAGUGGUGCAAUGGGUUUUGGCUUUUUUUUUAAAAUCAGCCCUUUUUAUCCAUGUUUUCUUUUUAAUAAUCAUGUCAUUUUCUCUCUGUCUCUCCUUACUGUUGACUGAUUGUGUUGCCUAAGGCUCAGACGUACUGUAAGCUUCCUUUGCAGGUCCUGGUCAUAUAGUAUACACAAAUAAUCUUCACGGCAGUAACAUAGAAGCACUGGUGGCCUUUUUUCAUUUCCUGUAUUCAGUAAAUGUGAACGAAUCCACUCGUACAGUAUUUAUUGCUUUGUUUUAAGAGUGCUGUAACAGUAACUAUGACUGAUCAUGUUAGACAAAAUGUAAUAUACAUGAUGGACUCUUGUGCAUAUAAUACAUAAAGGAAAGACUUGUCUUUCGA